AGCAGGAUGAAGGGUGUCUGUGAGGUCCAAAUGGGUCAAGGUUCAUGGUGGUGGUGUGGUGGCCAUGGGAGUUCCACCAUCCCAAAGGGGAGGUCCCAUUCCAUCCUAUCCCAUCCCAGACCUUGUCCCCACUGCCAGCCCCAUGGAGGCGGGGCCCAGUUCUUCCCGCCCCUGGCCAUGGGGCCCGGCCCCACAGCAUUUAGGGACCCCCACCCCAAGCCUCAGCAGUGCCUGCCUGGCCUCGCGCUCCUCCAGCUUCCACACAAGCUCCCAGGGCCACCACGCUCUCCAUGGAGACCGGCAGCUCCUUCCAGCAGCUUGGCAUGCAGCAGGCCCUCGAGCCCCCCAGGCAGCAGCUCCUGGGCUACGGCAAGUGCAGCAGCACAGGCAGCGAUCCUGGCAAAGAUCCUGGGAAAGCUGCUGGGUGCAGUGGAGGCAGCGGGAUCGGGAAGGGGCCGGUGCCAAUGGUCUGCAGCACUCCGUGUGGGAACCCCUAUGCAGGACUGGUGAGCCACCUGCGGGCAUCCUGGCUCUCUGGGAAGACGCGGCCCCUGGAAUACCGUGUGGCACAGCUGGAGGCUCUGGGACGCUUCCUGGAUGACAAGAAGCAGGAGAUCCUGGAAGCCACUGAAUUGGAUAUGGGCAAGCCAUCCUUCGAGGCUUUCUUCAGCGAGAUCCUCCUCUGCAAGAAUGAGCUCAAUGUCACCCUCAACAACCUGUCCCACUGGAUGAAGGACGAGUACGUGGACAAGAACCUGGUGAUGCAGCUGGACUCUGCCUUCAUCCGCAAGGACCCUUACGGGGUGGUGCUCAUCAUAGCACCCUGGAAUUACCCCAUCCAUCUCUUCCUGGUGCCCCUCAUCGGGGCCAUCGCUGCCGGGAACUGUGCCAUCAUCAAACCCUCAGAGAUCUCCAAGAACACAGAGAGGCUUGUUGCUGAGACACUGAGCUGUUACCUGGACGAUGACUGCUUUGCUGUGGUGACUGGCGGCGUACCAGAGACCACCAGGCUGCUGGAGAACAAGUUUGACUACAUCUUCUUCACUGGCAGUCCCCCGGUGGGGCGGAUCGUGAUGACAGCCGCUGCCAAGCACCUGACACCGGUGACACUGGAGCUGGGGGGCAAGAACCCCUGCUAUGUGUCCGACACCUGCGAUGUGACCAACGUGGCGCGGCGCGUGGCCUGGGGCCGCUUCUUCAACGCGGGCCAGACCUGCAUCGCGCCCGACUACCUGCUCUGCACCUUAGAGAUGCAGGAGAAGCUCAUGCCCGCCUUGCGUGAGGCCAUCACCGAAUAUUUUGGCCCCAACCCCCGAGAAUCCCCGGAUUUUGGCCGCAUUGUCAGCGACAAGCAUUUCCAGCGCCUGCGGGCGCUGCUGGGCAGCGGGCGCGUGGCCAUUGGGGGACAGACGGAUGAGGCCGAGCGCUACAUCGCUCCCACGGUGCUGGCAGAUGUGCAGCCCUCGGACCCUGCCAUGCAGGAGGAGGUCUUUGGGCCCAUCCUGCCCAUUGUUGUCAUCGCCAACAUGGAUGAAGCCAUUGACUUCAUCAACGCACGGCCGCGGCCCUUGGCUGUCUACGCCUUCUCCUGCGACAGCAAGAUAGUGAACCAGGUCCUGGAGCGGACGAGCAGCGGUGGCUUCUGUGGCAAUGACACCCUGAUGCACUUUUCAAUGACCUCUCUGCCCUUCGGAGGUGUUGGGAACAGCGGCCUGGGAAAAUACCACGGGAAGUUCACCUUUGACACCUUCUCCCACCACCGGGGCUGCCUGCACCGGAGCAUGGGGCUGGAGACGCUCAACACCCCGCGCUACCCGCCCUACACCCAGCAGAAGUUGGGGCUCCUCACGACCACCUUCGAGGUGAAGCGCAGGGGCACCUGCACCCUGCUCUGAGGCUGCCACGCCCUGCUCUGAAGAUGCCACGGAGUCAGUGGGAAGGACUGGGACUGUCCUGCUCUCCCUCUUCACCACGCUCCCCACUUCCUCACCGUGUCCUUUGCCUCGCUGGAGCAUGUCAGACAGCCGGGAUGAACAUCCUCUCCUGCACCCUUGUGACCUCUGCUCCAAACUGUUUUCCAGGACACGGCUGAAAUGACCAAAAUAUUUUUCUUAGUUCAAACUUCUCUUCCUGGUGGAGAAGCGCUCCCAUCAGUCCCAUCUCCCCUCACACGGACUUUUCCUUUGGAAUGAGCCUCUCCUUCCCCUGUUGC